CCGCCUGACCUCCUCGGCCGCCGCCUGGACCUGGCUCCUGAUUGGCUCCCUCCUGGUGGCCUCCCACCCUUGGCUCCGCCCCCCCUGGGGCUCCGCCCUCCGCGCCCUCGCCCGAUUGGCCGUCGGCCUGGCGCUCUCGCGGGCCGGCCACGCCCUCGGCCACGCCCUGGAGGCGGCCACCGGCUCCUGCACCUCCCCCACCCCGCUGGGGACCCUCCUGGUGCCCCUGGGAGACCCCGCGGCCUGCCGGGGGGCGGGGCAUAGCUGGGAGGGCUUUAGCCCCGCCCCCCAGGCCUUCGCCCUGGUGCACUGCGGGUUGGGAUUGGCCGAAGAGGCGGCGGCGCUGGGGCGGAGCUUGUACGGAUCCAAGAUGGCCGCCGGGACCAAGAUGGCCGCCGGGUCCAAGAUGGCGGCCUGGUACAGGAUGGCGCCUUGGCACAAGAUGGCCGCCGGGUCCAAGAUGGCCGCCGGGUAUGAUGGGAGUGAAGAAUCCAAGAUGGCCGCCGAGUCCAAGAUGGCUGACGAAUCCAAGAUGGCGGCCUGGUACAAGAUGGCCGCCGGAUCCAAGAUGGCCGCCGGGUACGACGUGAGUGAAGAACCCAAGAUGGCCGCCGGGUCCAAGAUGGCCGCCGGGUAUGACGCGAGUGAAGAAUCCAAGAUGGCCGCCCCGUCCAAGAUGGCGGCCCGCUACAAGAUGGAGGAAGGAGCCAAGAUGGCCGCCGGCAGCGGGUGGGCGUGGCCGCGCCCGACAUGGUGGCCGGGCUCGCCGCCGCCGCGGCCAAUCGGCUUCGAGUGGGCGGAGCCUCCCCCUGCAACUUACGGGUGGGCGGGGCCUCCUCAUUACGGCUGGGGCGGGGCCGGCGGCCAUCUUGGGCGGCCAUUUUGGGGCGGGGGCGGCCAUUUUGAAGGCGGCCAUUUUGAAGGAAGGAGCGUCGGCCAUUUUGAAGGUGGCCAUUUUGAAUCCGGCCGCCAUUUUGAUGCUGGCCGCCAUUUUGAUGCCGGCGGCCAUUUUGAAGGAAGAACCGUCGGCCAUUUUGACGGCGGCCAUUUUGAUUCCGGCCGCCAUUUUGAUUCCGGCCGCCAUUUUGAUUCCAGCCGCCAUUUUGACUCCAGCCACCAUUUUGACUCCGGCGGCCAUUUUGACCCCCCCGCCCGCCAUUUUGCCCCCCCGGGCGGCCAUUUUGACCCCGCCGGCCGCCAUUUUCCCGGCUCAUCUCCCCUUUUCGAAGGCGGCCAUCUUGCCGGCGGCCAUCUUGGCGGCCCUUCGGUGGCCCCGCCCACCGCGCUGUCCAUCCUGUACCUGCUGGCCGUGGCCCUGCUGGUCACGUGGCACCUCCUGCUGGUGGUGACGCUCACCUACCGCCACACCUGGGCCCGCAACGCCGCCGGCGCCGCCCUGGGCUGGGCCGCCUGGGCCCUGACCUACCGGGGGUGGUACCGGUGGGCGUGGUCACCCGGGCCGCCGGGGUGGGGCUGAGGGGCGUGGCCAAUGGGGGAAAAGCCAAAAAAAACCCGGGUGAAAAACGAAUAAAAAUGGGGGGAAAACGGAAA